AUGGCCGACGAUCUCUCCACCGCCUCGCUACCACAGUACUCAGUUCCAGGACCCCAGAUCGUUGGUGGCACAAAAUAUCAACAAUUGUUGGCCGUUCUUGAAGAGCUCGGCAAGGACAUCCGACCGACAUAUACUGGGAAUAAGAUCUGCGCUGAACGCUUGAAAAGGUCUAUAGCUCAUUCGAGAAUACUGGUCCGAGAGUGUCUGAUCGAAGCUGAGAAGGAUCGACAGAAAGCCGCUGCUGAUGCAGCUGUAAAAAACCAGUAA